AUCUCCGUUUCGGGGGGUGGGCUGCCCCCCGUGAGCACCCUGACCAACAUCCACAGCUUGUCACACCACAACCCGCAGCAGUCCCAGAACCUCAUCAUGACGCCGCUCUCGGGAGUCAUGGCCAUCGCACAGAGUCUGAACACCUCGCAGGCGCAGAGUGUGCCCGUUAUCAACAGCGUUGCUGGCAGCUUGGCAGCUCUACAGCCGGUCCAGUUCUCCCAGCAGCUGCACAGCCCACACCAGCAGCCUCUGAUGCAGCAGUCACCUGGCCAUAUGACACAGCAGCCCUUCAUGGCCACUGUGACCCAGCUGCAGAACUCACACAUGUAUGCACACAAACAGGAGCCUCCCCAGUAUUCCCACACCUCACGCUUCCCCUCGGCGAUGGUGGUGACGGAUACCAGCAGCAUCAGCACACUCACCAACAUGUCUUCCAGUAAGCAG